AUGUGGGAUAGCAGCAUGCCACUCGGUCGCACGAAGAACGAACAGACUCCAGAAGAACGGCCACAUGCGCAGCCGUUUCGGCAAAAGACGGAUGCGAACCUGCAUCAAACGCAGGAGCAUAACAAGCGGAAGCACCGCGAGCAUGGCUCGCCAGGAGACCCACACACGCACAAUGCCGCGAAGAACGCCGUGGGCAGAUGUCGAGGCACAAGUCGUCCACACGAACACCAACAGCACGGCUACGAUUACACCUGCACACUCGAAGAAGAAGUGCAGCAGUUCGUCCAAGCAGUCAUGCACCAAGAGCUCCAACCCGAACAGCUGAAGUGGUGGCAAGACACCCUCAAAGAACGCUGUCGCUACCACCGCUUCCCGUGUCGAGCCUGGUUCGAGCUCGUGUACCAGUGGCAACCUCCAAUAAUGUCAACCACCCCAGACACCAACGACGGUGCACAGGGGAACAGCCGCACGGCCUCGGAUCCUCCACACGAUGCCCACGAGGCUGCAGACACGCAAAAUCAAAGCAGCGAAAAAGGCGUGCAUGCUGCAGCGUACACUGCAAACCCAUCCAAGCAACAGGAAGUACAACAAGUGAACACCCCACCUGCACCACACUCUGCUCGCCAUGUCCCCGCAGCUUCCAUGGAUCCACACGUCCGAUGCCACAGCCAGGCAGAAACCUUCACGAAAGACCAGCAAGCAGACCUCAAUGACGAGGAAAACAAGAUCACCCUGUACAGCGAAGGCCUCGAUCACCUGCUGCCGCUGAGCUUGACCAGAAGCCCUGAACUACCGACAGACUUUCCACCGCGCGACCACAAGCCUCUGCCCGCCAGUCUACCAGAACAUUUUGUCAACGACAGACUGCAGCACGUCAACCUUCACGAUCAAGACAAGCACCUGCUCUUCGACCACGCGACACACACCUACUUCUGGAAAGACACCCGAGUGAGGGAAUCGGUGACCCAACUGAUCCACAGGUACGCCGCAGAGUUCGACCCAGAGGAAACGCUCAAACGCAUGUCCGAAGGAGAUCACUGGCCUCGGCCCGGGUACCUCAAAAAAAACAUCGAGCCAGACAUCAUGGAAGCAAUCAACCGACUGCCCAGGGGCCCCCACAUCCUGGCCAUGUUUCAGGAAAACCACCGCAACGAAGAAGAGCUGUGCCAACAGAUACGGACGGCAGCGCAGCAAGCAAGCCCGCAGGAGGUCACCACACUGCGUAGCUUCGCGAUGUCGAGCAGCGAGAUAAAACAGAAGUGGGAAGCCGCCCGUGACAACGCGGCCCGAGAAGGAACCUGGAUGCACGCUCAAUUCGAGUGCCUGCUGAACGGAGGGUCCGUGCGAGAAAUGACCUCAGAGAUCGCCCUGCUCUUCCGCUUCCUAGGGAAACUGCACGAAGGCACGGCCUACAGAACCGAAUGGAAAGUCUACGCCGAGGACAUCGACGUAGCCGGUAGCAUCGACUUCGUCAUCCAGCAAGCCAGCGGCAGCCUAGUGCUCGUGGACUGGAAGCGAAGCAGCAGAAUAUCAAGCCGCGGAGAGCAUUUCAACCGCUUCAUGAAACCGCCCCUGGCACACCUGGGAGACAGCACCCUCUGCCACUACCACCUACAGCUCAACGUCUAUCGAUGGAUUCUCCAACACCAUUACCACAAAGUCAUCGCAGAAAUGUACAUCGUGGGGACGCAUCCCGACAACGGCCACGAACCUUGGAUACAGCAGGUCGGAGUCAUGGACAACGAAACCACGAAGCUCAUCGACGAAGCAGUCAAGGCACGGGACAAGCAAGACCACGUGAGCGAACAGCUGCUGGAGAUUGUCCUCGAGGAGCCAAAAGCAGCAAGCACCAUAAAACGAGAACUACAAGUCCAACUGGGCUUGCCACGCUUUCGGCAAAGACUACUCGGAGAACAUGGCCCCCUCCACGACGCGGACACAGUCAAGGCUCCGACAGACUUACAGCUAGUGAAACUCGACUACGGCCCGCCCAACCAGCACGACACAACACGACUCAUCGCAGCCGCGCGCAGCCAGACCCCGACCAAACUGGAGGAACUCCUCAGCCACCCACUCAAUCCGAACUGUGUCCAAGCAACGCUGUUCUCCACCACCACGCCCCUCGAAGCAGCAACGAGAGGCAGAAAACUAGAGAACGUAAAGCUCCUGCUGGAAGCCAAAAUCAAUGCCAACACCGACGAAGACCACGGCCUGCUGCUGCGAGCAGCACAACGACAGGACCAGACAGCGGUCCAGCUCUUGAUCGCGGCCCGGUGUCACUUGGAAACACGCAACCACACCGGCACUACGGCCCUCGCCGCCGCAGCACGCAAGAGCAACGUCCAAAUCGUGCACAUGCUUCUGCAAGCCAGAGCCGAUAUCGAGGCCCCGAACAACAAUCGACGCAGACCACUCGCGCUCGCUGCGUGGGCAAACCAGCCCAUCAUCGUGCUAACGCUACUAGCAGCACGCUGCAACCCGCUGGCCGCAGAACCACGUCACCCAGAUGGGAUCCCUGCAUCAGCGGCCAAAAACAUCUUCCUCAGCGCAUGCGUGCAAGCAGGCAAACAGGCCAUGCGUGAAGCGUUUCUCGCCGGACCGAAGCCGUGUGUCGACCAGCCGCACGAAGAGCUCCAGCCGAUCAUGCUGCACGUCCGCGGCUGCAGCGGUCAAGUGAUCUGCACCAUCGAUCCCUCAGCCCGCAGCCACAAAGACGGGAUCGUCCUUGACGACCUGGCGCUCACCGUAGGCAUGCGCCUAGACGUGCCCGCCAACCGCAUCAGCAUUCACUUCGCUGAAGGACAAGCUGAACUAAAUCCGAAAAUGACCUGGGCCGACUGCGAACACCUCACUGCCCAACACAGCAGCUACGAACUACUGGCAGUCGUCCGACAUUUUCGAGACGGAGGAGCACCCGAACUAUCCCUUGCCAUUCAGAUGGAGAAUCACCGACAAGUCUGCAGCCUGCUAGAAGACCUAGUGGACCCCAACAUCGCAAUCAGCCACGACAGCAACUACGCACCAUGCAGCCCUUUGUGCAUCGCCGCCUACACCAAUUUUGACAACCCCUACAUCGCCCAGGCACUCACCGCGGCCCACGCCAAUGUAGACGGGAAGCACUUCGCCAUGAGUCCUCUGACGGCAGCCUGCGAAAGUUACAACCUGCAAAUGAUCAACUUCCUCGUUGAAGCCCGCGCAGACACAAACCGACCAACGUCGUCCACGGACACGCCUCUGCUUAUUGCGGUGUCCAUGGAUUCCGCACCGCUGGUGCACCUCCUCCUGCGCCACCGUGCCAACAUCAACCAACAAGAUCAUUGGCAACGCGGUCCCAUAGAACGGGCCUUCCAGCACAGGGCACCCCGAGCAGCAGCAUGCCUUCUGCGGGCGAAAGCGCAAGUGCAGCCGCACACAGAUGCCAACGGCUUACUCCACCGCGCCGCAAGCAAAGGCAGCUUAACCUGGAUCAAAAUACUCCUCGCAGCCGGGGCAAACCCGCAAAGCAGAGAUGAGCACGGCCGCCUUCCCAUCAAUGUCCUCCGACGCCUGCCAACCUUUCAACAGCGCCAGCAAAUCAAACGCAGCCUUUGCUCAGCCAGUCCCACAGUAUGGACAGACGAGCAAGCCAGAAACACGCAAGCAGCAAGUGACACGCCAGUGUACAGCAAAGCCAGAACACGCGGCAGCACCAAAGUGCCAGCCACCAAUGGAAAGCGGACAUCCGGCUGCAAGAACAUCUCCAUGCUCAAGGACCACACCACCAAAACGGCACCAGAACAAAAGGCUGUCAUCCUGCCGUAUGUGCACCUGCUCGAGGGCUCAAAAGAAAAAGAGGAUUUCAGACUGGCCCUGUGGAACAGACACGCCAAAAAACUGGCAAAGCUCCUAUGGCGACCAAUCGACCCAAACACCAUCUUCAACAGAUACUACCCAUCGCCGACGUCAGCACUCGAACUGCUCCUGCUGAACCCGACAGCAAGCUGGCCAGCAGCUGCCCUGCGACAUAUCCUGGAAGCCAAAGCCGCCCUGGACCGACCCGAGAACAAAGACGUGCUCCUCCUGGCCGUGAGACAGGGACAAGCCCACUACGUACAACUACUUCUAAGGCAGCAGGCAAACCCUCGUGGCUCCACGAACCGACUGACACCAUUGGACAUGGCAUGUCAACAUCACCCCGAGGACUUCUCGCACAACGCUCAGCAACCGGGUCUAAUCACCAUGUUGCUAACAGCCCAGGCCGACCCAGAGCCCAUGCUCCGUGACGCCAACAGCUGGGCCGCACACCCGACCCCAAGGGAUUACGUCGACCUGGCAAACCCUCGCACGCUAAACAGCACCGUAACCUUGGCCUGCGCAGCAGCCGCUCAUUCCAACCCGACGUUUAUGCAACAAAUUCUGGCAGCCGCAACCACUGAGCAAACCGCCACGAUCACCGGAGAUCUCCCCUGCAAAGCUGCACAAACGUCCGCCAUAGCCGCGAGUCUCUGCAGCGCAGCCUAUGCAGGCAAGACCAACCACGUGCGCUGGCUGCUAGGCAUGAAAGCAAACCCAGACGCCCACGUGUGCCACCGGAUCCUGCAAGGUAAGCACGACUUCAUGUCAAGUGGCCACGACCACCAGACAGCCGUCGCCCUCGCCGCCGCCAAGGGACACUACGCCACCGUGCAAACACUGCUCGAAGCCAAAGCCGAUGCAAACCUCAGCUUCAACGGAAACAACACCGUGGUCGCACAGCUGCUGAUGGCCCGAGCCGACCCGAACUUCUACGGCUUCCCCGCCGAGCCGCCUCUGGUCCUAGCGUGCCUGCAAAACAAGCCCGACACCGCAGAGCUGCUGCUGCAUGCCAAAGCCAACCUCGAGGAAAACCUGCUGCGGGCGAUGUUCCACUACGAGAUCGCCCAAGCCCUCAAGCACGAGUGCGCACAAGAUCUCCUCCUACGCCAAGCACAGCGCCGAAAGAGAAGCAGCUGGUCGCCGGGCCGGUUCGCAAGGCAAAUGCGACGAAAAGCAUCGGUCCAGUCCACAGAACCUCCUCACCAGACACAGCGAUCCAAGCAAAGCGCGGACUCUCACCGACCGGCACCGAAGCAUGGCCAACGAGACAAGACCAGGCGCCGUACUGAAACUUCCUACUGA